AACCCGCCGCCGUACCCUACCCCGGCGGUCCCGGCAGUCGACGCCCGUUCGCCCACCUCUCCUCAGCUCCGCUCUGUUUCCGACCUCGGCCCGCCGACCUCGCCGGCUUUGCUUCCCCCGCCGUCAUGCCAGGUGUGCGUGGCUGUCCCGUCGCCCGGCCUGCGCCCUUCCCCGCCGCCUUCGUCGGCUCCCCCCGAGGACCAAGCCCCGGAUUUGGAGUGUUGGGUGUGCUACAGCAACUUCAACAACGUCUUCCGCUGCCCCAAGAUGCUGCAGUGCAAGCACACCUUCUGCCUGGAGUGCUUGGCCCGCAUCAACGUCAAGUCGGCGCAGCCCGCCGCCAUCCGCUGCCCGCUUUGCCGGCACGUGACGCCGCUGCCCGCCCUCGGCCCGCCCCAGCUGGCCACCGACGCCGACGUGCUAGCGUCCCUGCCGCUCGCCAUGCAGCGCGUCUACAGCGUUCGCUUCCAGCGCAGCAAGGGCAAGCUGCAGAUCAAGAGGUUAUCGGAAGGUCAGGGGCGUUCCACCAUAAGGUCGUUGGAUGUGCGUACCUUCCAAAACGACAGAUCAGGCGGCGUGGGCGAGGCCUUGUUCAGACUGACGGGUCGGCCCCGGCCCCUAUGGCCGGAUUUCCUCCUAUUGCUGGUGCUCACCAUGACCUUCGUGGUCAUAGGCAUCGUCGUCUCCCUGCUCACAUCGCUGUAUUAACGACAACGGAGGUGCUUGGCAACUUGUCUCCAUGACACCCGGGGUGCCGUCCGAGAUGCUCAACUGUCUCUGUGGCAACCUGCAGGACGCUAAGCACACACUUGCUUUUUCCAUGGUGACCAAGAUGCUGCAGUCUCCAUGGUAACUAGGAUGCUGAGUGACUUCUUUCCAAGGUGACCAAGGAUGCUGUCACUACAAUCUCUGCUGAGACCUUCAUGGUGAUACAGCUGCUCAGUAACUGCCUCCAUGAUGACAAAGAUGUCUCCAUGUUGGUAGGAUACUGUGCAUUUUGUUUCCAUGGCAACCGUGAUGCUCGUACACAAUUUCCAUGAUUCUCUAGAUGCUGAGUCACUAACCAAAGUGUCCAGUAUGCUUCAUUGGGGUCUCUAUGGCAACCAGGAUGCUGCUCAAGAGGCCCCUGGAAAGGCUAGUGGUGAUGACGUCAUUAUCGGCAUACCGCAAGAUGACGGGGAGCCCGCGUGGAUGUUUAGAUUGCCCAUUGCCAAUGUGUCUGAAAAGAUUGCUUUUCUGUGUAAUGUCAUGUUUUAGACUUUUACGGUUCAAAAUAAUCUUAAAUAUUUAACAUUUUUAAUAAUGUGUCUCUUUGUUUAAAUGUGAAUAAAUGUCAUUUUUGAAUCAUU